AUGAAGUUCAAGCCAGAAGAUAACGCAUCAACAUCACAAUCACCUCAAAGGUUGACUGUUUCCACAUCACCGGCAGCAGCAACCGUAUCACUCUCUUUAAGCGCACAACAGGCUAACAGCCCACAAAGUUGUCACGAAAAUACGAGUGUGUCUUCGUCCGUUCAUCCUACUUCUCCGGAUCACGAUGAUAUAAAUGUUGCUUUAGCUAGGGCAAUAUAUGCUAGUGGUGUGCCAUUGUCUCUGCUUGAAUCAGAACACUGGAAACAUGUAUUUCACCUAUUCGACCCGACAUAUGAAAUGCCGACGAGACACGCCUUGAGCAAUACUUUUAGAUGCCGAAUACUCAAGAAUAAAAGAAGAUAUUACUGUUAA